AUGACGUGGAAACCGAUCAUCUGCCUCGCCGUUCUCGUCUUUUCCGUUUCUGCGAUUCCAGUCGAUAACAACGUGGAAGGCGAGCCAGAGGUCGAAUGCGGGCCCAACUCCAUCACUGGUACCGUCCUUUCCCCUCCGAGCCUUCCAUUCCUCCUUUUCCAGUUAACUUCAACACCCGUAAUCCCUUCGAGGGACACGUUUACGUGAAGGGACUCUACGAUCAGGCGGGCUGUCGUUCCGAUGAGGGAGGCCGUCAAGUGGCCGGAAUCGAACUUCCGUUCGAUUCGUGCAACACCGCCCGUACCCGUUCGCUCAACCCGAAGGGAGUGUUCGUCUCCACCACCGUCGUCAUCUCGUUCCAUCCUCAAUUCGUCACCAAAGUCGAUCGGUAGGUGCGAUGAGAGGGAAAUCUCGAGGGCGUCGCUAAAAUAGGAUUAGAAACAAGGAAACACAUUGAAUAUUUGAUGGUUGUGAGUCAGUUGUUCUCCGACGCCCUCGCUUUCAGAUCAUUGGCAGAUUGCGCACGCGCGAGUGCACAUUUAAUAAUAGAAAUUCGUCUUUUCAUAUUGAGAUGACAUUGAAUACAUUUCCAGAUAUUUUCUCACUUUGAAUGGGGGAUUUUGAAUUCUCCUAUACGCUUUCGUUUCAGCGCUUACCGCAUCCAAUGCUUCUACAUGGAGUCCGAUAAAACCGUCUCCACCCAGAUCGAGGUGUCCGACCUGACCACAGCCUUCCAGACCCAGGUUGUUCCAAUGCCUGUCUGCAAGUACGAGAUUCUCGACGGAGGACCAUCCGGACAGCCAAUCCAGUUCGCCACCAUCGGCCAGCAAGUCUACCACAAGUGGACCUGUGACUCCGAGACCACCGACACCUUCUGCGCCGUCGUUCACUCUUGCACAGUCGACGAUGGAAACGGAGACACCGUCCAGAUUCUCAACGAGGAGGGGUGCGCCCUUGACAAGUUCUUGCUCAACAACUUGGAAUACCCAACGGAUCUGAUGGCCGGCCAGGAAGCUCACGUCUACAAAUACGCCGAUCGUUCGCAGCUCUUCUACCAGUGCCAGAUCUCCAUAACCAUCAAGGAUCCUGGAAGUGAGUGCGCUCGCCCAACUUGCUCAGAGCCACAGGGAUUCGGAGCUGUCAAACAGGCCGGAGCCGGUGGAGCUCAUGCUGCCGCCGCGCCAACCGCUCAAGCCGGAGCGGAAGCUGCUCCAGCCGCCUCCCCAGCCGCCGCCGUCGUUCCGGCCGCUCCAGCAACAGCUCCGGCCGUUGCUCGUGCUAAUCUGGCUCAGUUGAGACUGCUCAGAAAGAAGAGAUCAUUCGGAGAGAACGAGGGAAUCCUUGACGUUCGAGUCGAGCUCAGCACUCUAGAUAUCAUCGAGGUGACGGUCCGAUAGCAAUCGUUAACCAUUUGAGAUCACUUUCAGGGAUCUAACCCAGCCGCCCCAGAAGCAGCCGCUCUCGUUUCCGAAGAAGAGUCCCGCCGUCGUGUUCCGUCGUCCAGCGGAAUCUGCCUCACUCCGAUAGGCUUCGCUUCGUUCCUCGGCAUCGGAACCAUCGUCGCGACCGCCCUCUCGGCCACCAUCUUCUACGUGGCUCGUCCAACUUCGCACAAACACUAA